AUGACAAAUCCUGGAAAGAAGGUGUUGCUGACCUCUAAUGGCGAUGAAAUUUCGCUCAAUAUUGCGCGUCAUUUAGCUCAGCGCGGUUGCCGGUUGGUGUUAAUGGGGAAUGAGGGGCAAUUGAGGAGUGAAGCUGAGAAGUUAAAGAAAUCUCUAGACUGCGGCCUAACGCUUGAGGUGGUGGAUUUAGAUAUGGAAGAGGAUAGAGAGGCGGUUUUUGAUGAAGCGGUGGAAAAAGCCUGGAGGAUUUUGGGGAAUUUGGAUGCUUUGAUCAACUGUUAUUUCUACGAAGGGAAAAUUGUAAAUCCUCUGUGUUUAGUUGAAGACGAGUUCAAAAAGAUUGUUAAAAUCAAUUUCAUGGGGGCAUGGUAUCUUUUGAAAGCUGUUGGUCGAAGAAUGCAAGAUCAGACAUCUGGGGGAUCCAUUGUAUUUUUAACCUCAAUACUUGGUGCUGAAAGAGGGAUAUUUCCAGGAGCUGCAGCAUAUGGUUCAUGUUUGGCUGGAGUACAGCAGCUAGUAAGGACGGCUGCAUUGGAGAUAGGAAAGUAUCAGAUAAGGGUUAAUGCAAUUGCUCGUGGUUUGCAUCUUAACGAUGAGUUUCCUGUGUCAGUGGGGAAGGAGAGGGCAGAGAAAAUGGUCGAGGAAGCAGCACCAUUGCAUCGAUGGCUUGAUGUUGAAAAAGAUCUGGCAUCGACUGUCAUUUACUUAAUCAGCAACAGCUCACGAUAUCUGACAGGGACUACCAUAUAUGUUGAUGGUGCACAAUCUCUGGUGAGGCCUCGAAUGCGAUCAUACAUGUGA